AAGCUCCACGAAUCCUUUCCGGGUCGCAAGAAGCUAAGCACAUCCAUGAACGUGAGCUAGCGGGCCCGAUUUGUCGUCUCAAAAACACAAGAAAGCGUCUUCAACGACACAUUUGAACGCGUCCAGCGCAGAAAUUCCCAGUUUAUCGUCGUGUAACCACAUGACACCGCGAUGCCGGGUCUAAGCUGUAGGUUUUACCAGCACCGGUUCCCAGAGGUGGAGGACGUCGUCAUGGUGAACGUGCGGUCAAUCGCCGAGAUGGGGGCCUACGUCAGCCUCCUGGAGUACAACAACAUCGAGGGCAUGAUCCUCCUGAGCGAGUUGUCGCGGCGACGUAUCCGCUCCAUCAACAAGCUCAUCCGCAUCGGCCGCAACGAGUGCGUCGUCGUCAUCCGAGUCGACAAAGAGAAAGGAUACAUCGACUUAUCAAAAAGAAGAGUUUCACCAGAGGAGGCCAUCAAGUGUGAAGAUAAAUUUACCAAAUCUAAAACUGUUUACAGCAUCCUGCGGCACGUGGCGGAGGUUCUGGAGUACACCAAGGACGAGCAGCUAGAAAGCUUGUACCAGCGCACCGCCUGGGUCUUCGACGAGAAAUACAAGCGUCCAGGAUACGGCGCUUACGACGUCUUCAAACAGGCCGUGUCAGAUCCCACCAUCCUGGACGGUUUGGAUUUAACGGAGGAGGAGCGCAGCGUGCUGAUCGAUAACAUCAACAGGCGGCUAACGCCACAGGCUGUCAAAAUCAGAGCAGAUAUUGAAGUUGCAUGCUAUGGCUAUGAGGGCAUUGAUGCAGUGAAAGAAGCUCUGAGGGCCGGACUCGCCUGCUCCACAGAGGUCAUGCCCAUCAAGAUCAACCUGAUCGCCCCCCCUCGAUACGUGAUGACCACGACCACCCUGGAGCGGACAGAAGGCCUGUCUGUCCUCAACCAGGCCAUGGCUGCUAUCAAGGAGAAGAUAGAAGAGAAGAGAGGCGUCUUUAACAUCCAGAUGGAGCCCAAGGUGGUGACAGACACGGAUGAGACUGAGCUCGCCCGGCAGCUGGAGAGGUUAGAAAGGGAGAACGCUGAGGUGGACGGAGACGACGACGCUGAAGAGAUGGAGGCCAAAACUGAGGACUAAAGAGACGAAGAAUCAAAGGAAAAGUCGUGGACAGGCCUGCUAGUCAGUUUCAACUUUCAGGUUGCAAACAUUUAAGUCAUUAUAUUACUCGAUUGGCAAAAGAAAAGGAUCUUCUCAACCCCACACGAACACAAGGAUGGCUAAGCAAGUUUAACAGCAGGAUAGUUUCAGUCUGAAUAAACAGAAGCUGCUCAGUGGCCUUCACUUACCUUUUGCUUCAGAGCUCUGCCUCUUCAGUAUCUAUGGCUCCAAAUCUCCGUGUGGUCAGUGAACGCGACUGACCGAAGGGACAGAAGAAGCUCAUGUAUCGACCGCAUUCAGUUGUGAUAUUAUUUUCCAGUUCCAAGGUGUUUUACCAGCAAGAUCUGCUCUGUGUGUAGCUCACAUGACAUCAAUAAAUUUCUGGAAAUUUUCUUCUCA